UUUAUGCAUUGGGGCGGGUUUUGAGCAAUCAUUGGGCUGGAAAAUGCCGAACGAAUCUGGCAACACUGAAAGCGGGUUACUGACUACACGUUUGCGCCCCCUUCAUUUUUAUGUGUAUGUCUUCCUUCCAGAAAAGGAUUAUUCUCUCUCAGUUGGCUAUAUAGUAAACCCAUCUGGUUUAUUCUGAAUCCUUUAAAAUGGACUCUGACAUUCUGAAGAUAGAGGAAAUAGUAAUGGGAGGUGGAGAGGAUGCUGCCCCUGCUGAAUUGGUCCCUGAGAAGACGGAGAAUACCUACACCACCAUCAUUAUUCAGAAUCCCCCACCACCUCCUAUCAUUCAAUCAUACCAGCAUGAAAGCCUGCAGUGUUUCCAAUGUUUUAUCACUUUCUGCAAUUCAAAAGCCAAGGAAAGGCACAUGAAGAAGAGUCAUCGGGAAGAGUACAAACAGCAACUGCAGCAGUGCGAUACGCUGUUCACUUGCUAUGUGUGUGACCGUGACUUCCCCUCCUCUGAGGAGCUGACACAGCAUCAGUCUACCCACAACAAGGAGGACAAACCCUUCAAAUGUGCACACUGUCAAGAAUGCUUCCGCACAUUUUCCGAGUUGACAACACAUCGACGGCAGGUAUGUCCCGAACGUCAGUUUUUGUGCAAAGAUUGCAAUGAGACGUUUCGAAGUCCUGGACUUUUGCGUAACCAUCGUAUGACCCAGCACCCUGUCCGUCCGGAUGGAGAGGGUGCAGAUGAUUCCACCAAGACCUACCGAUGUGUUAAAUGUGGUAAGGGUUUUGAAGAAGAGACGGAGCUCUUGCAGCACCAAGAGAACCAUGCAGGGGACCAGCACUGCAACGGAAGCUCCACUGUAAAACGCAGAGGGAGAGCCCCGAGAGCUGAGAGUGCAGCUGCUGGUGAAAAGAAACUAAAGAUAAAGGAGGAAGACGCAGAAAAAACAGGGGCAACCAACCAUUCAGAAGGCGAAACAAAGGUGAAGACCGGAGGAAGACGAGGCCGGCAACCCAAAUCUGCUCUGGAGUCCAAGGCAGAACAUGAUGGAAAGAAACCAAAGGCUGUUCCAGAGCCAUCUCGGCAGAUCCCUUGCACUGAAUGUGACCUCACUUUCCACGCCCUGGCACAACUCCGGGCACAUAAGAAAGAGAAGCAUGUGCAGCGGAAGCCUCACCCUUGUGGAGAAUGCGAGGAGAGUUUUAACCGUCCAGAGCAGCUGAAGGCCCACAUGGCUAGGGCCCACAGUGCUGGUCGGUAUAUGUGCCCCACAUGUGGAAAAAGCUUUGGUAGAGAGAGUAACCUAAAGGCUCAUCAACAGACCCAUGAAAAAGAAGAGAAGCCAGCUGGUCAGGGAAAGAGAUAAUUCAGUAUGGGAGAAUGAUUUGUGAGGUGUAUGUUAACUGAAGAAGGAUUCAAGUUUUUAAAAAGUUGUGUAUAGAAAUGUAGGUGGGGUAAGGGUUUGCUUUAGAUUUGAAGAAUCUUGUGAUGGGUUGUAAUGUUACAUGAAAACUGGAAACCCAAAGGGUUGUGAAUUAAUGAUUCAGAAAUGUUUUUGCUGCCUCAUUUUAUCAUGACUUCUGUACAUAUUUCAGCAUGGUGAGAAAAGGAAGUCACGCCACAACUGAUCAAAAUCAGUAGGAUAAUUAUGUUGUAACUAAUAUGAUCAUAAGAAACCCAACAAAAAGUCUUUUUAGAUCAUUGAAGACUUUAUAUCUUUUUGUUUUCUUUUUUUUUUU